AUACUCGUAGUCGAACGGAAAUCAUAAACUAUUGUGAAAUAAGUUUUUCUGCGUCGACGCGCGUCGGGGCACGAGAUCUGUGUCUGACGUAUUACCAUAGACGGUUUUUUUCUUUAUUUUCUACCUGAAUGCAUCGUCUCGAAAUAGCUAGGACUUCUUUGAAGAUUUAUACUUGAAAUAUUGCGUGGGUUUCAAAAUGAACGUAAUAUUUUUAAUGGUAUCGUCGGUUCGUAUGCUAUGUGAUGUUUAUCAGAAAAGCGUUGGGUUUUUAGUAUUGAAAAGUGCCUGGUGGUUGGAGAAUGGGAAUUAUUAUUCAACAGUCGAAAUGAGAGCGGCGCGUACCAUAGCAACUUGUUUCCUACUUUUGGUACCUUUGGUACCACGGAAUGGAGUUCAUGAUUCAAAGUCGUCUCCACUCCUCAAAGAGGUCGGAGAAGCACUGAAAAAUUUGACUAGCAAGCAGUUGCAGGUGGUAGCCGGAAUUCAAACUAAAAACGACACGGCACCCUCGUACGAGCUUACUCAGACUAAACCAGGAGGAGGAUCUCCAGGAGGCGGUGGUGGUUCUCCAGGACAAGGCGGUUCAGAUGAUGGCAGUUCACAACCAUGUGAUCAACCAGGUGGUGGCAGUCAACCAGGCGGUGGCAGUCCCGGUGGUCAACCAGGUGGUGGCAACCCCGGUGGUCAACCAGGAGGUGGUAAUCCCGGUGGACAACCAGGCGGUGGCAAUCCUGGUGGCAAUCCUGGUGGUAACCCUGGGGGCAGUCCCGGUGGACAACCAGGCGGUGGCAAUCCCGGUGGCCAACCAGGUGGUGGCAAUCCCGGCGGCCAACCAGGUGGUGGUAGUCCCGGAGGCCGGCCAGGCGGUAAACACCCUAAACACCAUCAUGGUCACAAGAAGCCUAAGCCCUCGUCUGAAAAGCCAGGCGGUGGAGACGAUACUGGCGACGAAGGAGAGCAAGCACAAUCUGUAUACGUUACGCAAUAUCAAAAAGGCUAAUGAUAACCUAGCAAACAUGAUGUUCCCGAUACUAAAAAUGGCAAUGGUGUUCGAGUUGAUUAACUAUUUUGAUAAUUAUGUAUGUCGCACAAAACUUAUUAGGCAAGAAAUGUUCAAUUGUUUUUAUUCGAAUAAUUUUAAUUGGUUCAAAUAAAUACUUUUUGGCAAUA